AUGUUCCGCAACAACCUAAGAACACUCACCAGAGCCUCGAUUCCAGCACUCAAACGGGCCGCAUACCGCAUCCCAUCUCCAAUUCCCUUUUCGCCCAAAAUCGUCCUGAACUAUGCUCCCCUUUCCCUCCGUUUCAAUUCCACCAAUACAGCCUCCAUUCAGGGCGAAACUCCACAGCUCAUGAUCGCAUUCACAUGCAAGAAAUGCGACACCCGAUCCUCGCACACGUUCUCGAAACAGGCGUACCACAAGGGCCUGGUUCUCAUCCAGUGUCCUGGCUGCAAGGGCCGCCACCUCAUUGCAGACAACCUCAACAUUUUCCGGGACAACAAGGUGAAUCUCGAGGAUAUUCUCAAGGCGCAGGGUGAGUCUGUAGCCACGACCACCGACGAUUUGGCGUUCGAGGACAUUCCGCAGUCCCUUAAAGGGGUGUUGGGUCGUUACGCCAGAAACGCACCCUCUGAGUAUCAAGACAAGGACACCGAGCAAAAGUCCAUAGAAAGCAAGUAA